AUCUCAGCUUUUAUUUAUCUUCAUCUUUUCCUUUUCCUUAUUUUUUUCUGAUUUUAUUCUUUUUUUUUAAGAGAGGAGAAUUUAUUUACGGAGAUUCAUGCGUAAGAGAUAGUACAACUAAUCUUUCAUAUAUUUAUCUUCUUACAUUUAUGGAAAUUAUUCUAACUGAUUCCCUAUUAUCUAACUUAUCUUUUUUUAUUGAAGUUUUUAAACAGAGAUCUAUUGGCAGUAGAUGCUUCAGUUGAUUGAAGCUUAGCACCUCAGAAGAGAUGAGAAUGUACAAAAAGCUCAGAACAUAAGGUCUUUUAUGAGCAAUAUGCACGUGCAAUUCUAUGCUACUGAAGCUUAUGAGUGCAAAGAAAACAAUAGAGAUUGCAAAGAAAACAAUAGAGAUUGGGGUGUUCUCUGGGUAUUCCCUCCUCACUACUGCUUUGGCUUUGCCUGAGGAUGGAAAGAUAACGGCUAUUGAUGCUGAUAGAAAAGCCUACGAGAUAGGAUUACCAUUUAUUCAAAAAGCAGGGGUGGAAUAUAAGACUAAAUAUAUUGAAUCAGAAGCUCAUCAUGUUCUUGAUAAAAUGCUUCACGAGGUUUGGCCUUUUGCAAAAUAAUAAGGCAUGAAGUGUGUUUAGGAGUGAAUUAUGACUUGUGUACAAGAUAAUACGAGUGCAUUUGGGAAUUGGGCUAGAUGAGAAUGUAGACAAUAUCAUCAUUGUGGAGAUUGGAGAGGCUUUAGUAAAAAAGGAAUAAGGCAUCAAUUUUUUGGGGUUCUUUUCCUUUAUUCAUGUCUCUCUUUUUGAAUCCAUAUCCAAAGAAAGAUGACUAAAAGGCUUGAGAUUAACUAAGUUACUCAAAUAUAGAUAAGAGUAUAGGGGAGCGAUAAAUUUAUAAAAGGUAGGGUACUGCGACUGAUAUUAGUAUUGUUUUUCCAUUCACAUGUCAUGAGAAUAAAAUUCUUAUAACAUUUGUAUGCUUACCAUUGUAUUAUAAAAUUCUUAUAACAUUCUUAUAUCAUUAUGGGAUUGU